AUGACAAUGGAAGAUCGCUCAGGAGAGCUCGAUCGCGCCGCCCCGGGGUCGACGACAACCUCGACCUCUUCGGACGCCUCGUAUCCGGUCCAGCGGGCGAGCAAGAGGUCAUUCGACGUGGCCUUCCUAGUGGCGCCGGACGAGAACCUGGCCCGUCGCCAGAGCGAGAAGCUGAGAUUGGUCUCGACGGAGAGGUUGGUCGAGGAUCGGCGGGACGACCUCGACGUGGAGAGGUCACCUCAGAACCUGACCAUCAAGCACUACGACCUGGACAGGCAGCGGUCGCUGCACUGCACGGAGAACUCGCUGAGCCCUCCGUACACAUCGAGGUUGACCCCGACCUUACCAGGCCUGUCGCCGGAGCCGGAGGUCAGGAGGUUCGCCCUGGGGAGGUCGCAGAAAAGCCCCAGCCCUCCGAGUUUCAUCUGCCAACAGAGCGUCCCCUCGAAAACGCAGGACUCGGACUCUGUCCUGCUGACCUCGAAACCUUACGACCCGGUCAGCUGCUCGGAGAGGACGGAGUCGAGGAGCGCCUUCACUAAGGUCAGUCUGGCGGGCCAGAGAAACGGAUACGACGAGAGUCAGACCUCACCGAGGUCGUCCAUCUCACCGGACCACGGAAGCUACCGCAGCAGCGUGAGCCCGCCCGUCGGACCUCUUCCUACCCCUCCGACCUACAAGUACGCGACCUUCCCCACGAAGAUGCCCUACCCCUUUCUGGUAGGCUCGGAGGGCCCACAAGGUAACCUCCUAGAGAACCUCAAAAUCCCUCAGGUCGGUCAACCUCCCAAGGUCCCCAGUCCGAAGGUCCCAGCGUUUCGUCCAGAAUUACCUCCGGUUUAUCCUAACCUCCCUUACAGUCCCAUUUCCGUGUUUCCACCAAUGGCGGACGCCUUGGCCCGACCUCGAUUUCUGGCCACCGCGGGGGUCGCUGGCCUCAUCCCGCCCUCCUUCGCCGCCCUGACCUUGCCGGCUCAGAACGUCUGCGCCAAGUGCAACCUCUCAUUCCGCAUGACCUCCGACCUCGUCUACCACAUGAGGUCGCAUCACAAGAACGAGAACGCCGGAGAGGCCGCCAGGAGGAGGAGGGAGGAGAAGCUGAGGUGUCCCGUCUGCGAUGAGAGCUUCCGGGAACGACACCACCUCACCAGACACAUGACCGCUCAUCAGGACAAGGAGAGCGACGCCAUCGCCGAUCAGGUCGAGGUCAAGCGAAGGGCCGCCACCGUGCAUGGCAAGUGA